AUGGGCUGCGCUGCAUCCUGCCAGGUACAACGGGACAUGGAACAAUGCUCUGUUUUGUAAAGAAGAUGAUGCUCACUUUGCCAGUUGGCACCUUAGACGUGUGAUGAUCUACAGCUAGCUCAGGUACAAGGAUGACUCAAUGGGGCUUCACUAGUAAUUGACUGCAGGUGCUGACGAGAAACGUCUGGACAGCCAGGUCUGUCAGCAACCUGAGUUCCUUUAGACAGAAGGUUUCCCCAGCUUGGAUGGUGUUGCUGAGUUGCCUUGAAGUUUGAUGCCUCCCAGAGCCACUGGUGGAGCAGUGAAGCUGCCUGUGCAGCUGUGCUCCUCUGUGGAGAGAGCUUGGCUGUAUUAUUAACUCUCCGUCACCAGAAGAGCCAGAGCAGUUCGGAAAAGAGCCACAAACCAUGCAAGCCAAUGUCACAGAAGGCAGCAGUCGCUCAAACGAGAGCUCUGACAGCCUGGAUUCCACUCUUGUCACUUGCACAGAGACGGUGACUUUCACUGAAGCGGAGGAAGAGGAAUUGGAAUCCUUCUAUUAUUCCUUCAAGACAGAACAGCUGGUUACACUUUGGAUUCUUUUCGUCAUAACGGUUGUGGGGAACUCCAUUGUUUUGCUCUCCACCUGGAGGAGGAAGAGGAAAUCCAGGAUGACUUUCUUUGUGACCCAGCUAGCCAUAACAGAUUGUUUUACAGGCCUUAUAAAUAUAAUGACUGAUAUAAUUUGGCGCUUCACUGGAGAUUUCAUGGCCCCUGAUCUCGUCUGCCGAAUUGUUCGCUAUCUGCAGGUUGUACUUUUGUAUGCUUCAACCUAUGUCCUGGUCUCACUAAGCAUAGACCGAUAUCAUGCCAUUGUGUAUCCAAUGAAAUUCUUCCAAGGAGAAAGGCAAGCAAAAAUCCUCAUUGUAGUUGCCUGGGGCCUGGCCUUCCUGUUUUCAAUUCCAACGCUGAUUAUAUUCGGGAAGCGGCAAUUAUCCAAUGGCGAAGUGCAGUGCUGGGCUGCCUGGCCAGAUGACUCCUAUUGGAUUCCCUACAUGACCACAGUUGCCUUCCUGGUAUAUUUCAUUCCUCUGAUUAUUAUCAGCGUUAUUUACUUCAUUGUGAUCCGAACAAUAUGGGUUAAGAGCAAAGCUCAUGCUGUCAUUGUUUCCAACUGCUCAGAUGGCAAAUUCUGUGCUAGCUACACCCAUCGGGGACUCAUAUCAAAGGCUAAAAUCAAAGCUAUCAAGUACAGUGUGGUAAUAAUUCUUGCUUUUGUACUCUGCUGGAGUCCUUACUUUCUCUUUGACAUUCUGGACAACUUCAGCGUCCUCCCGGAAACCAAAGAACGCUUCUAUGCCGCAGUGAUUAUUCAGAAUUUGCCAUCUUUAAACAGUGCCAUCAAUCCCAUCAUAUACUGUGUUUUCAGCAACACCCUUUGUGAUGCUUUCAGGCGAAGAAAAUCAGGAAAUUUGGGGACUUUCAGAGAAAGAACAGAAGGGCAAGAGAUGCAGGCGGUAUCCAAGCCGGAAUAUAUUUAGAGUUGAUAUGUGACUAUAAAGGCCACAUUGAGUCUGAGGAGUGAAAUAGAAGCCUCAUCCUUGUAUAGAAAUCUAUUAUUUAAGGAGAGAGGAAUGAGGAGCAAAAACCAUUCCUUGUACACCCUGGUGGCCAAACAGAACUGCCAUGGUUUGUUCCUCAUUUGCAGUCAGUCCUUGCUUUUCAAAGGUGCAUCCACUGAGCGGUAUGUUUCCGUAUAAAUGGCUUUUCUCCAUAUGGGAAUAUUUUAUCUUGAAAAAGGCGGUGCCACAUUUCUACAUGGUACCACACAGCUCGUUUUUACACAAUACUGUCACCUAAAUCAUCAAGACCCUUUGAUGGCUGAAGAGCAGGAAUAGCUUUUUCUCUCCUUUCCAAGAAAAGAACAUUCCCAGCACACGUCAAGAUACUUUAUCCCUGCUGCCCUAUUUGGGGAGUUGCUGUGGCUCAGUGGGAGCACAUCUGUUUCACAGGGGAAAGGACUCAGAUUCAACUCCCAGGAUCUCUUGGUUGUGUUGAGAUUGUUCCCUCUCUGAAACCUUGGAGACCCACUGCCAGUCAGUGUUGACAAUAUUGAACUAGAUAGACCAAGGGACUGACACCAUAUAAAGCAUGCUUCCUGUGUUCCUAUAUAUGCUUCGCCAGAAAAUCCUGCCCACUGUAUAAUGCGCUGAGAGAACAAGAUCUGGAACAAUUUUUACGCAGUGAUGGGAGAGGU